AAGGCAGCAGCGCUGUUUAGUCAGGCAGCAGCUGAGACCCGCAGCCAGUGUGGCAGCUGGGAAUGUGAGGGUUUCAACACAGACCGCUAUUUUCAGGACUGGGAACGGUAGCAGCGGGGCUGGCCAGGAAGAGGCUCUGCCCACGGCUCUACUCCAGCCAGCACACUGGCUUAAUUUGAAGUCCAAACGGGCGACCUGCGUUUUCGGUCCGGGGUGUCGGCUUUCUCGGACCGCAUCAGAUGGUCAACGGACAGCCGAUGGUGGCUCACUGCGGGGCUGCGUGCUAGUGGAAACCACCCGGAGCACCGCGUUUGUUCCCCCCGGUCUGUGUGCGUACGCUAACACCUUACCUCCUGCCUGGUGAGUCCGGUUAGAAAUGCAGUGAAGUGUCACCCGUUUAGUCAGUAUAAUCUUUAUGUGUCCCGGUGUGAAACGCUCGGUUAAAUGUGCCCGUUUCACCACUGCCAAACCACUCACGCCAACGACGAUGGACUGAAAUCUGCUGCGGGGGCGAGCGACACACAACCUGCCGCGAUUUCCUGCAUGUAAAUAAAUAAAUGAUAGAGGAUACAAUGACCCUGCUGUCUCUGUUAGGUCGGAUCAUGCGUUAUUUUCUGCUCAGACCGGAGACCCUGUUCCUGCUGUGUAUCAGCCUGGCUCUGUGGAGUUACUUCUUCCACACGGACGAAGUGAAGACCAUCGUCAAGUCCAGCCGGGAUGCGGUCAAGAUGGUCAAGGGGAAAGUGGCCGAGAUGAUGCAGAACGAGCGCUUCGGCGGGCUGGACGUCCUGGACGCGGAGUUCUCCAAGACCUGGGAGUUCAAGAGCAACAACGUGGCCGUGUACUCCAUCCAAGGCCGGCGAGACCACAUGGAAGACCGGUUCGAGGUGCUCACCGACAUCGUCAACAAGAGUCACCCGUCUAUAUUUGGGGUUUUUGAUGGCCAUGGAGGAGAGGCUGCUGCUGACUUUGCCAAGGCCCACCUGACGGAGGCUCUCCGCCAGCAGCUACUGACCUACGAACGGGAGAAAGAGCGAGACAGAGAAAAAGACAAGGAGAAAGAUGAAAAAAAGGAGAGGGGCGGCCUGUCUUAUCCUUCCAUCCUAGAGCAGCAGAUCCUGACUCUGGACAAAGAAAUGUUGGACAAGCUCUCUGCCACUUACAAUGAAGCAGGUACUACAUGUCUGGUGGCCCUGCUGUCUGAUAAGGAGUUGACGGUGGCCAAUGUCGGAGACUCGCGCGGAGUUCUUUGCGAUAAAGACGGCAACGCCAUUCCUCUAUCGCAUGACCACAAACCUUACCAGCUCAAAGAGCGCAAGAGGAUCAAGAAGGCUGGUGGGUUCAUCAGCUUCAAUGGCUCGUGGCGUGUCCAGGGCAUCCUGGCCAUGUCCCGUUCUCUGGGCGAUUACCCCCUGAAGAACCUCAACGUGGUCAUUCCUGACCCUGAUAUCAUGUCGUUUGACCUGAACAAGCUGCAGCCGGAGUUCAUGAUCCUGGCGUCGGACGGCCUGUGGGACACCUUCAGCAACGAAGAGGCGGUUCGCUUCAUCAGGGAACGACUAGACGAGCCUCAUUUUGGUGCCAAGAGCAUCGUCCUCCAGUCCUUCUAUCGUGGUUGCCCUGACAACAUCACCGUCAUGGUGGUCAAGUUUAAAGGCAAGGCCAGCGAGCAGUAGACUGCCCGUCUACCACACACAGUAUCUAUAUUAUGUUUGAAUAUCAGUAAGAAUAAAAUAGGCUAAAGGUGAAAGAUUUAAAAACUGAGCCUGCAGAUUUUUUGAACAGAAGUUAGCCCUUCAAUGUAUCAACACCCCCCCCCCCCGAAAAAGUGACACGUCUUUCAUUUAGGCUUAGCCAUAUCGUUCAGACAUCGAAACGUGAGCUGGGUCACUGAUAUGCAAAUAAACAGAUUUAGCUCUGUGCAGCUGUGGGUGCAUGUGUCCUUGAGUCUUGAGUUUGUGUGUGUGUGUGUGUGUGUGUGUGUGUGUGUGUUGAGAGGAGAAACAGUUUCUUUGUGUGAUAAACUUGCACACAAGUGUCACAUUAACAACCAAUUCAUUGUCCAGCCCAAUAAUGAGAAAUUUAAAGUAUACAAGAUAGCAUGGAGUUUCAAUUCCACAUUAUUUCAAGCCUGAUGUCUUUCACUCAAUGUCUAUGUGACCACAAAUUUUUAUAUUUUUAGUUUCCUAACUCGGUGUUCCCACAUCAUUUAAUUGUACUGACGUCUACGAAGUGUCUGCACUGAAGAGUCUGUCGUUUAACAUGUUGGCAGGUUAUUUUUUUCCUGGACCAGAUACAUGUCACUGGUGCAAAUCCUCUAUGAAUUUAUUCCCUUUAUACAACACAAAUAAUAUGCAUAUGCUUGUUCAAAUAUCACCAUUCAUGUUGUACAGCAAGAGAACCAAUUACAAUGUCAUAUCACACUUGCUGAAUGUGAGAAUUCACGAUGUAAGAAUGAAUGAAGUGUUUUGUCUUAAGUUGCCCCAUUUUAUAAGUUUAGCUGUUGAAUGUCUUAGUUCACUUAAAAUGAUUGCUGUUAGUUUCUGUGCUGAUAAAGUCUCAUUUCUGUUGUGAUUGUUGAUACAUUUUCAGAUAAUGUGGUGAUAAUGUUGUAACAUCUCAUUAUUACUGUAACUGCUAAUUAUUAAUGCAUAAGGUUUGUCACCUGUUAUCUGAUUAUAUAAUAACAUUCACUGUUAAACUUGUAAGAUGGUAAUAAUUGAUCAUCACAUAACUGAAAUAAUAACUGGCAGUUAUAAUUUUAAUAUUCUAAGAUUUACAACCCUUUUAAUAGGCUUUUUUAAAUAUUGACAUGCUAUUCCUUUAUCUGACUUUUCUUACAUUAUCAUUUACUACAGUGUACAUGAGAUAUAAAUAUACUGAAAUUGACAACUUACUGUUACAAUAUCAUCUGUUGCUUUGCCAUCUUAAGAGAAAAGUCCUACAGAUACAGAUCUCAUUGUUCGAACUCCAUUUCCCUGAACUGUAACUCAAAAUGUAACAAGCCUUUGAAUGAAAUGCGUCAUUGUUGCCUUAUUUUUUUUUUAACUGUUCAUUUCCAGUUUAUGAAGUCUGCUGCCAAAACUACUUCUCAGUUUUUAAUGUAACGCAGUCGAUCAUACCAUGCACACUGCACGACCUCAGUGUCAUACCUUGAUAACUCACGAUGUAGAAUAGCAUUGCUGAAAGAAUGUCUCCAAGAGACACAACAUUGUAAGAUGAAUGUACAUACUGUCUUCAUGUUAGUAUCACCCCUCCACUGUUUAUACAGCAAUGAAGAACGCAAUGCGCCUGAUCCUGGAUUGUUUAACUUCAGAGAUAUAUACCAGAUAUACCAUGUUUGUGCUUUUUCAGUUCACAAUCUUCCUUGAUAAUGUACGUUACAGAAUGUUUAUGUGGCAUUUGUACUUGUUUUUGUUGACUUUAAUAGACUGUAAAAAAAAAAAAAAAAAAAAAAAGAUCAGAAAUUUUAAAAUGUAAAUCAAAAGGUAACAUUAAAAUGAGAAAUGAUCAUA